AUGCAUUCCAAAAUACCACAAACACUUCAUCAAUUCGAGAGCGCGCCUCCGGGGGUUGUGCUGGCCGGGGGUUCGGCGGGUAUGAGACGACGGCUCCCCCCUACCCCAACCCCGCACAAAGACCCGCCCGACCCUGGGUUAGGGCCGACAAUGACAACGGGUAUGCGCGGUCCCAUGACUGGUCUGUUGGGACCUGUAAUGCGCCGUUCCUCCUCCCCCCGAAUGCUGCCAACCCCGCCUCCACCCCCCGGGUCAUCUUGCUCAGUUCAAGCAACCUCCUCCAACACCUUGAUGAACAACUCCUUCAACAGCAACUCUCAAUCUCCACCCUUCGCUCAGCAACUUCAAGUGAAAGAGCGCCGUCCAUCGACCGGUCGCAGACUCCCCGACGCUCCCGCGCCUCCCUCAUCAUCUUCAUCAUCAUCACCGUUUCCGUCCUCCCUAACCCCGAGUACCUCCAUGUACUCCGACUCCAAUUUCCCUCCGUCGACCACUGCCGACUUCUUAAAUGCUGGCUAUUUGUUUCGCUCUGCCUCUGCUCGCAACGCUACAUCUCAAUUAAAGUAAGUCAUCAUAGAUGAUUUGAAAUUUAAUUAAACGAGAACAAGAAUAAUCUAAACACAACCACAAAGGGGAAGAGGACGGGCUUAGGACCAAUAAAUGUUUGGGAAGGGCCUCAGGGCUUCCGUUAUCCGACACUGGGUAUAACUUGUAAUCCCAUUUCAGCUUAUAAAGAUAUCAUAGAAUGCUUGAGCUUUAACUUAUCUUCUUAAAAUCGUUCUUUGCAGGGGGGGGGGAUACAGUAAGAAAAUCAAUUAGAAUUAGAUGUGCGUCGAUGAAAUUUCAACGAAACAUUUUUAACGAUGCUAAUUACGAUUACUUUCAUUCCAGAGCCGCUCAGUUGCCUCCAACCGCUCCCCGAACUUCUAUCGCUAGCUCCGACCCCCGUCCUGAAUUGAGUACCAUGAAUCGUCUUGUGCCCGAGCCCUUAACCAUGCCCAACAAAUCCCUAAACACGGCUUCGUCGGCCCCACAGACUCCGCGAGAGAGUAAUUCCGAUAUCCCCGCAGGAUAUAGGAAGGUGAGAAAGUGUUCCUUCAAUGCCGACGUUGGGCGAGAUUCGUUGUCCAGGAAUGGUUCCAUGGCUCAUCUUCUGGAACAACAGCAUCUCCUCAGAAGAGAGUUCACUGCCACUCCAGAUUCCAUACAGUACUCCACCAAUUCCUCGCUCAGUCCGUCUAUAGAACAGGUGUGUGAUGUUCCCUCUUGCGUCAUUCGAUUACAUAUUCAUUUGAAGCGGCCUUUUUAUGUUGUUCCCAUUCAAAUGCCGUUCUCCUAAUUAUUGAUCUUAUAUUGAUGUCACCCUUUUCAGCUGAAUGUCGAGGGUUCUCAGAAAGACAGCUCUGAUGGAGAAGAUCCAAGCCAUCAUGGCCUCAACCCAUCGCUGUAUCUGGGCACGAGAACCCCAAGUUCAAGUGUUUCUUCGGUCACCGACCUCCAGAAUGUACAAAAUACCCCCACCGCCAAUCCCCCUGCCGAUCCAGAGCCGAGGCCGAAAGGGCUUGGACUCGUCCAUUGCUCACUUCAGCACUUCCCUGUCCGGAAACGACUGAGAGUAUCAAUCUUAAAAAUAGAAGGUAAAGAAUACCCUUAGAAAAUCGAGGCUAUCAAUACCACCCCAGAGACUUUUUUCUAUGAACUUGUAUUUCUUAAGUAGUAUUGUAAAAUAGUAGUCUAUGGUUCUCACUGCGUAAUUGUACUAUUAAAAAACAUGAACGGACUACUUGUUUGGAAGUAGAUGCUCCUAAAAACACCAAAAAUUAUUAUCUCACGGCUCUCUAAACGUAUGAAUUUAGGUUUGGCCGGUGAAUUGCGCCCUGAUUUGGAAAUUCAAGCAUUUUGCAAGGUUAAUAUUAUUCCGGGUAAAGCCAAUAAGCAACAAGUCAGUGUCGUGAAACGAGGCCGCGAUAUUGUUUACAAUGCAGUAAGUCGAAUAGAAUUUGAAUUGAUUCCUUCCUAUUCGUAUUCGUAUUUAUACCUUUUCAGGAAUUUUUCUUUGAUGGCAUUUCGGUGGAAGACAUCGAUGGAAAGUCGUUGGCAUUAGAGGUAUACCACCAAAGCAGUGUGAAACUACAAAAAGAUCUGGAAAUAGGACAAAUCUUGGUGCCUCUCAAAGAACUGACCCAGCUCUACUCCAAGAAAGAAGUCAGGAUCGUCGAAGAACUCAAGUUUAGGCCUAGUAGCAAGGUAAGAUCCCCACAAACUUCCCUGACAUCACAAUUUUUUUGAUACCAGCAACUUUGCAAAAAAGCAGUAAAAAUUAUGUGAAUACCGUAAUGUAGCGAAAAAAAUUUUGCAAAGUUAUAACACAUUACAGGGUGGGACACUCGGAGUUUCAGGCCAAUAUUCCACAAAUUAUAAAUUUUGCGUCCUGACGUUUAAGCAUGGCUGCAAUCCGGGCCAGCCCGGCCCGGGCCGGGCCGGGCCGCAGGCCCGGGCCUAAAUCUCGAAGCCCGGCCCGGGCCCGGGCUUGGAAAAUUUGGAAAGCCCGGCCCGGUUCGGCCCGGAAAAUUUUUAUACGGGGUUGGAAAGAAAGAAAGCGGGAAAUGAAAGGAAAAUUAUGGCAAAUUUUCGCAAAAUGUGAAGAACAAUUUAGCAAAAACUAUACAUAGCGCAAUUGCCGCUUGACUAUUUAUAUAAAUUACUAAGUCGCCAUAAAUUUUUUGACCAUGUAGUUACAAAAAAUCAUAAACUUUUGUGUAUAGUCACCCAAAUUUUAGCAAAAAUAUUUUUAUCACAGAUCUUUUGUCGGAUCUGAAAGAAAGCUGCGAGGCUAUUGCGUACUUUUGAAAAAUUUUCCGGUUUCUUUUUUUGCCAGUGUAUUAACUACGUAAGAAUUUCUGAAUAUUUUUUCAAAUUGACUUGAAAAUUAUUUUUUUAUUUGUUCGAGUGGUAAAUAAGGUCACUUUACGUUCGCUAUCAGCAUCAUGUUCGAAAGAAUUAAAAAAUUCUAUCGAAAUAGCUUAUUUUUUCCUUUUUUCUGCACAGGGGACUCGGAUUUACUUAUAAGUACCUUUAUUUACUUAUAAAAACUCGAUGUUUUUAUAAGUAAAUAAAAGUUCUUAUAAGUAAAUAAAAGUUCUUAUAAGUGAUUUUGAAAUCACUUAUAGGUAAUUUUUAUUUUCGGCGCCCGCACGCCAAUUUGAUUUUGGAAAAAAUAUAUUUCUGUCAAAAGCUGGAGCUGCGCCCCAUACUUCUGAAAAUAUUGAUGCCAUAUUAUACGAAAGCACUUUGAAACCGCUUUUUGCCUCAAAAACCGGUUUAAAUGGCUAGUAGGGCAAUACUUUUAGUUUCCUCAGAUCUCACACCUUUUUAAUAUUAUUUAUCAGCGAUAAACUGAAAAAUUUUGUCCAAAAUUGCUUUAUUUAAUUUUUAUUGUAAAUUUCCCAAUUUUUGUCCUGGGGCUCUGGCGGGGGCUGCCCUUCCUGUCGAUUUUGUAACCUGCAGUACGUAUUCGUGAUAGGGUUUGUUUCCAAGCACAUUCUAAAACCACAGAACCAUUAAAAAUCAAGUUUUUCCAAAAACACCCCCACCGGGCACAAAAUUAAAUCGAAAGUUUCUCCAGAAUUAAUGUUCCGAUUUUCAAAAUUUUGACGGAUUCUGAAAGCCCGUGUUUCAAAGCACAUAAUAUCCUAAAAUCAAAAGGAUCUGCUUAUAAAAACUUACCGAUCCGGCCGAAACUUCAAAAUUUUCAUCAUUCUGGGAUAGUGCAAUAUCCGAGAUGUCUUCGUUAUCUUCCUGGCUAAACCCAUGCCGUUGUAUCCGGGAUUGCCAUCUUCUGUUAGGUGUUCUAUUGUUGACGUUUUGAAGCACAUUCUGAAACCAUAGAACCAUUAAAAAGGAAUUUUUUCCAAAAAAAUCCCCGCCGGGCAAAAAAUUAAAUCGAAAUUUUCUCGAGAAUUAAUGUUCCGAUUUUCAAAAUUUUGACGGAUUCUCAAAGCCCGUGUUUCAAAACACAUAAUAUCCUAAAAUCAAGAGGAUCUGCUUAUAAAAACUUACCGAUCCGGCCAAAACUUCGAAAUUUUCAUCAUUCUGGGAUACCGUAAUUUGGCCAUUAUCUUCCAGGUUUUUGCGUCUUUUGCCCUCCGUCAAUCUCUGGAUCAGUUGGUCUUGUCUUCUUUUCUUCUCUUCUCUGGAACUCAUUGAUGCGGAAGUUGCCGCGGAGCAUGAUUUCGAAAAUCUAUUCGAUUUCAUCUAAAUUGAAAAAUUCAAAAAUUUCGGUUUUUGGGAAUGAUACGCCCGCAGGAUAACGUGGUGACCAAAAACGAAGUACCAAUCGAAAGCUGAAGCAAUGCCCUACAAUUUCAUAGGACGAGAUCAUAAACUUUCACCUGGCAAAAAAAGUUACAGUUCAUUGAAAUUCACAUCCUUUAAUUCAACAAUUUAAAAACGUCGCCAAACCAUGACGGAAGAAAAUUUUAUUUGUGUUGUUUAUGCAAUUUCUGAAUUAUCUGCUUUAUUUCUGCGUAUUUUGACUAUUUCUGCAUUGAUGUAAUUAUUUUCUGCCGUUAUAUUCAGGGGUGGUCGGCGGGCCGGCCGGCCUCAAAAAUGGAAAUUGACAAACGGGCCGGGCCCGUCACGGGCCGGGCCGGGCCGCGGGCCUGGGGUUUUUCCGGCCCGGCCCGGCCCGUCUAAAAUACAAUGCCAAACCGUUGGCAUUCAUUGUUUUCGCGCCGGGAAAAUUAAUUGAUGUUGUUAUAGUUGCUGUUUCUCAAGUUCUAACACGUUUACAAGUCUAUAGUUCCAUUAUAGAACCACAAAACUAUCACAUUGAUCCUUUACUAGCUAGAUCAACGCCUUUUUUGCCUCAGUUUAGAUCCCGAGCCUGGGCGCAGUUCGCAGAACCCUCUAUAGACGGGCCUGCACGGGCCGGGCCGAAAAAGACUAGACGGGCCGGGCCGGGCCGGUGAUUAGACGGGCCGGGCCGCGGGCCGAAAAUCGGAAAAAUAGGGUCUGCUGACCACCCCUGGUUAUAUUACGGUAUUUCUGUGGAGGGGAACAGUUGACCAAAAUGGCCGGGGAGAGACUUGACUCGAUCAAUUUUUUUUCCAUUUUUUAUGUUUAGACAAAUUGGCGUGCGCCCGGGAAAUUCACUUAUAGGUAAUUAUAAAUACUUAUAGGUAAUAGAAAAUUAUGCACAGUGCAGGAUAGAUAUAAAUUUAUUCAAACAAAGAAAAAACAACCUGACUGAUAUAUUACCAGUAAGAUAUGUGGUUAGCGCAUCUUCCGUGCUCCGGGUAAGCAUCUGUGUCAUUUGUCCUGGCGGGGCAAGGAUUGCUUCUGCGCGGGUUUUCUAUGGGUACUCCAGCGGCUAAAUUCACUGAAAAUAUUCAAAGAUAAAGAAAAAUUGAAUAAAAUUUUCGGAGAUAGUUUACUAUGAGCUGUCCUUGAACCGAUUUUUUUCUCCUUUUCCAUCCCAAAAAUUAGUUUGAGGAUCAGGAAUUUGACAAUGAAAGAUUUUGAGACAUGAAGUUUGUCAUGUUGUACUAGGUCCAGGCGAAUAUUAUCAACAUACCUGAAGCAUAUGGGAGCCAUUUUUCCAGGCAUCGUGUUCACGUUGUCCAUUUACUUCCUCCAUGACCAAUUUUGCGAUUAUCUGAAAACUAGCGGUUCACCUGGACCUAGUACAACAUAACAAAACUUUGUCUUAAAAAGUUUCUGGCCUUCUGAAAUAUGGAAUCAGUUUAAAAAACCUACCAAAGUUGAUGAAGGGGUUCUUCAUCUGAAUUCUUGGUUGAUCAUGCUUGUUCCUAGAUCUUCCAUGUUGACAUGCUUUCUAUUCAGGAAGUUUCUUAUGUUCCGGAUUUUUCAUCUGUCCACUUUUUACAGUUCUGAAAAAAAAACUCACAAAAAAUAAACAAUUAUUAUCAUCAACAACUGACUGUAAGCACCUUACCUGGUUCCAUCCAAGGUAUAAAUACCCUUAUGCACCUUCUUUGACCAGCACUGCUCCGAAAAACUUAGAAUUUUUCCAAGUCCGGGACAUACGUGCAAAAAGCCAAAAGCGUCUUUCCCGCUCAAAUGUUUUCUUUUCGGAGUCGUUAUUGGUAAUUAUAAGUAAAUAAAAGUUUUUAUAAGUAAAUAAAAGGGCUGACGCGUUUGCGAGCCGCAAGAAUUUUGCGCCGCUCGUUUUUUUUGUUCGGAGGGAUUUUGCGCCGCUCGAAAAAAGGUCCGCAGAAUUUGACGCCGCUCUAAAAUCGCGAAAAAAGACGCGAAACGCGCGAAUAAAGCGAAAGACGUAACUGAUAAAUCAAAUUUCGGUUUAGGUUGGCUAAAGUUUCUUAACUUUUUUACGAUUUCUUCUUUAUGCCAAAACUGUUUCGAGAUUGACAAACGAUAACUGAUAUAUCCAUGAUUAGUAACUGUCACAUAGCCCUUACAAUACCAAUUCUGAACGAUGACUUCAGCAGGCAUAUCAAAGGAGUCAGGCUUAAAAGAUUUUUUGGAUGUUAAAAUAUAUUAAAGUUUCUGCCCUGAAGACAGUGCGCCAGAUUAUGGGACUGAUGUCUGUUACACUCGUCAAUGCUAAAGCUGUGAAACUGUCGGGGAAGUGGAUCAUAUUCGAAAUGUUUGGCAACUGUUUACUAACAUCUUUGUGUCGCAUGGCUUGACGCGUCGCGACGCGUCGUCCCGGUGUCCCAAAUGGUGGUUUUCGUUUUGCCGGCUGCUGGCCGAAGUAUGCACUAUUUAGUUGGGCUAUAGAAUCGACGGGUUUCAGACCUCUUUAAGAGCUGUAUGAGAUGCCACCUCAAAAUAUGACCUUUUCAACAUGCCGUUAUAAGACCUUAGAAAAGGCUGUGACCUGGUUGCCUCUCUACUUAACAGUACUCAAGCUCUACUGCAAGUUACAUAUUGCUGUCCUUGCUAAGCUGUCCCAAAAAGACCGAGUUGGUACAGCGAAAAAUUUUAAAAAACUUUUUAGCCAACGUAUAAACUUUAUCGCGCCUUUGUUUCGCGUCUUUUUCUUGGUAUUGUAAGGGCUAUGUGACGGUUACUAAUCAUGGAUAUAUCAGUUAUUGUUUGUCAAUCUCGAAACAGUUUUGGCAUAAAGAAGAAAUCGUAAAAAAGUUAAGAAACUUUAGCCAACCUAAAACGAAAUUUGAUUUAUCAGUUACGUCUUUCGCUUUAUUCGCGCGUUUCGCGUCUUUUUUUCGCGAUUUUAGAGCGGCGUCAAAUUCUGCGGACCUUUUUUCGAGCGGCGCAAAAUCCCUCCGAACAAAAAAAACGAGCGGCGCAAAAUUCUUGCGGCUCGCAAACGCGUCAGCCAAUAAAAGUUCUUAUAAGUAAAUACGGUUUUCUUAUAAGUAAAGCAAAAUAGGCUCCGCCUUUUUUUACUUAUAAGUGAAUUUUUUGGCACCUAUAAGUAAAUAAAAGUUUUUAUAAGUAGAUAAAAGUUUUUAUAAGUAAAUCCGAAUCCCCUGUGUGGGAAAAACUCAAAUUUCAAAAAAACCGGGCCGGGCCGGGCCGGGCCUGAAAAUCGAAGCCCGGGACCGGGCCGACAAAUUAGUCGGCCCGGCCCGGGCCGUAAAAUUUUGCAAAGCCCGGCCCGGAGCCAUGCCUAACUGACGUUUCGGGUCAGGGACAGUUCGGGUCAACGAUGCAUUUUUAUAAGUAAUCAAUCGAUAAUACUGAACCGACAAUGGUCAUGGUCACGACUAGGUCAUGACCAUUGUCGGUGUGGUUGUGGCACCGCGACAUUUCUGGAAUAUGGACACUUCCGGAAUAGGGAAAAAAAGAUAAAGUUUCGAACUGUCAUCUGAAUGGAUUUACUGCUAUUAAUUACAUUUCCUUUUUUCUGAUACUGUUCAAUCGUAAUUUUUUUAAUUUCUCUAAAACUUCGAUGUAGGAGUUUUCGAUGGCGAUCAAUAUCGACGGUGCUGGUUUCGAAAAUCAUGUUCAUUUUUUAUACUUUUUUUCAAGUGCUGUAAAAAAUUAUUUUUUGAAUUUUUUCUAUAAAAAUCUCACCAAGUCGGGGAAAAAAAUUCAAAAAAUUAACAAAAUUUUCAAGACUAAUAACAAUAAAUCCAUUGAAGAUGGAUGGUAGUUCUAUGCCUUAUCUUUUGUUUUUUCCCAGUUCCGGAAGUGUCACUAUUCCGCCAUUCCGAAAGUAUCCAAAUUCCGGAAAUGUCUUGACGCUGUGGUUGUAACCUAACUGAAGUGCCAAAACCGUCUGGAUCAACAAUUAGGAUUAUUUUAAGGAUGCGGAAAAAUCCUGACCUAGAUGACGACCUGUGUCAUGAACCAGUUUAUUCUUUCCAAAAACACGGUUGGAGACGUGCAAUACGACCACAUUUUUAUCUCGAUAUUACUGCGGUAUAACAUGUAAAAUACCUCAAAAUAGGCGAUCGACUAUCCUAGGGCCUGAAAAAUCUUAAUAUAUCUAUUAACUGGGCCAUCCCUAGCCCCCGCCAUGUAUACAAUGACAAAUCGAGGAAACUGAAGGUAUCAUCGACCCGAGCUGUCGUUGACCCGAAAAGACGUAUCGCCGCCACGGUCCCAAAGAGACCCCGAACCGGGGAUCUCUUUCGAUGUGUGCCCGAAGAGGUUGAAUAGGGUAAUCGAUGGCGUAGAUUUCACAAAUAAUGUUCAUUUUGUUUGAUAAUUUCUUUUUUUAAAGUAGUACCGCUAAAAAUAAUUUUUAAAAUUUUUCUAAAAAUACUUGGUUUACUAGGGAAGUGGGGGCUUCGGUAGUUCAGCCCCCCACGAAAGGUAGAUCAAACCCCCACUGUUUUGCCCGUUUCACACCCCACAUAAUGAACAAAUUAGAAUAAUGCAAAAAAUGUAAGUGGGGGUUUGAUCUACUUCGUUGGGGGUUUCAUCUAAAACGUAGGGGGCUUGACCUAAAACGUAGGUGGCUUUUUCUAAAACGGAGGGGGCUUGAUCUAAAACGUAGGGGGCUUCAUCUAAAACGUAAGGGGCUUGUGCUGGACCUACAACUUGGAUUAAUUCUUUGAAAUAAAUUUUGGGGUUCAGAAUGGACGAGGGGGGUUGUACUGGGUCAUGGGGGACUAAACUGGACUGGGGGGCUGUACUACCUUAGCCCCGGGAAGUGUACAAAACUGACCCUCACAAACGAAAUAGCAAGUGUUAUACCGUCUUCCAGCAAAAUUAAAAAGCUCCGAUGAUUUUUUCCGCCCAAGCGAAAGAAAGAUUUUUUUUGCAAAAUGGCCUUAAAAUAAUGCAAUUUACAGUAUUCCGUCGCGGAAAUGUAUCCUGCAAAAAAUGAAAAUGGUGUCUUGUACCACUUUUGAAGGGCUCUUCAAUGAUUUAUGUCACUUGUCAUUUGGUGAGGGUCAGUUUGUACAUUUCCGUGGUUAGGGGGCCUCGAGGGUAUGAUCUCAAAAUAGUGUUUUUUCUGAUUUUUAUCUUUUUUCUUAAGUAGUGCAGUACUAUAAUAGUCGCGCCAUAAAGUCCGUAGAAUUUUUUUCGCCGACGUCGGGUUUUCCUCGAGAGGAACCCCUCAUUGAGAGGAACCCCUCGCCGAGCUCUCGAUUUUUCCGAAUAUGGAGGAAAUUUGUCGAUGUAUGGGUUUUCGAGGGUGCUGAUUUCGAAAAUCAUGGUAGCUUUCCUCUUUAUAGUACUAUCUGGUACUAUACAGUAUGAGGUGAAAAUAUGGCUUUUGGCGUUAAUGGUGUUGUUUUGAUGCUUAGUACUCCUCAAAAACACGUUUUAAAUAACUGGUACUGUUUAGUACUGUCUGGUACUAUGUAGUACAAGGUACAAAUAGGAGUACUAAGCAACAGAACAACACCACUAACGCCUAAAGGCCAAAUUUUGUACUGUUAAAAAGUUAUUUUUUGUUUGACAUUUUUCUGAAAUACACUCCGUUACGAAAGUAUACCUACCCCAUGGAAAAUUGCAGUAUCUCAGAUAAGAGAUACCGAAAAACUGCUAAUACCAUUCGAAAGAGCGUGUCGAAAAACCUAUUACCGCAUGAAAUCAGCCGGUGAAAAAAAUCUUGAUCGAUUUGGCAACUAUUUUAAUAUUUUUGACCGUUUCAAAAGUAUACCUACCCCUGGCGGUUUUUUGGCCAAUCUGGCUCGGAUUUUGAACUAACACACCCCCUUUCAUUCCAUCGUGUACCCUAUGGUAUUGAGAAGUGUAUUACAUUCAUUUUCCAUCGUCGGAUCAAAGAGAUAUGUUUUCCGAGGUGCUGAGUCCAAAUUGACGUAUCAAAUUUUUUGAUUCUCGUCCAUUCGUCUUGGUAUUCUGGAGCAUUAAGUGUUACGGUAGCUGCUUAUUGUAGAUUAUAUGACGAGAAAAAGCCCGAUAACUUCGGGCUUUUUUUUUCUUAAGCCAUUUGGUUUACUUAUGUUAAUCUAUGUAUGUAUGUAUGAUGUAACAGGAGAUGUAGCUUUUCCGCCAAGAAAGCAGCCUAGUCAAGGGGGUUUUUUUUGAAAUUAAGAUUAACCUCAUGUACAAGGUCAAAGAUGGCUCGCAUAAGCACUUUCGUAUUCCGACUUCGGUAACUGGCUGACUCGUUUUCGACCUCAAAACCAAGUUUUGAACGAAAAAAAACAAAUUAUGACAAAAUGUCAACAUUCAUUGAUUUUUCAUGACCAAAUUCCACUUUUUUACAUUUUUUAAAUGUAAAAGUACUUUGAAAAUUCCCAUAAAUACCCGAAAAUAACCGGCUUCGCGGUAUUUGGGUAUAUACCCCAGUCCGGCGACUUUCCGGAAGGGCUAGAAUACUAGUCCGUUUGCAAAGUGGCUGGAUGAUUUGGGCGACGUGCACUGUGCAUAAAAAGUCAGGGUGCGAGCGGCAUCCCGAAAAAGCCAAUUGCCAAAUUUUCUUUGAUCUUACCGCUUCUGUGGUGCUAAAAUCUGCUAUGAACAACAAUAUAUGUUCUUAUUGUCGUAGAACUUGAGAUAUUACAAAUACAACCCUAUUAAAUUAUUUUAAAAAUUUCCGGCGUUAAAAGAUUGAGGAGGUCGGUUAACGUUUUUUAUUCGUAUUCCUCUUUAAAAUUUCAUAAAUGUAAAACAUAGAAAUGUUUUGAUAAUUUGAAUUAUGUUGUCUUUGUCCGCAAUUUUAACUUGUUUGCGUUUCUAGAAAAAUAAGCAAUCGGGAAUUGUUUCAGAAGCUGGGAAAGAUAUUUAUUACAACAUGCAUCGAAAAAGAGGCCCGCCGACUCACGAUAAACGUAAUAAAAGUGGAAGAUCUCCCGAAAUGGGGCAUUAUUGGAGCACCAGGUAAGAGGGAAACAAUAAUCUAACUUCACUUCUUCAGACGUUUGUGUGAGGAUAACGCUAACUCAGAACAACGGUAAUCCUCAAACUAAAAGCACACGAGUCCUGAAGAGCACAUGCACUGCCAUCUACAAAGAAGCCGUUAUGUUUUUAAUCGGCACCACCAAAGCAGAUCUUGGGAAAACGAAGAUCAUCAUCUCUGUCCACGAUAUUCUUAGAUCUGUGACCGGUGACGAUGUUAUUGGUUCAGCGUAUUUGGGAGAGUUAGCAGUAGAUAAAUCGGAGCAAGAACAAUGGAAAAAUACAGUGGAAAAGUUCAAUAAAGAGUUCAAAGGAUCCCAUCAAUUGAAGCCGCCAAACCAAGCCCCUGACGUCCAUGUUUCCGAGAUGCCGUCGGACGAUCAAGUUGAGGAGGACGAAGACGAAUCUGACUAA